AUGAGAGCCUGUCACCAGAUAGAGCGAUUUUGCUGUGCGUUUACGGUUCUUUUCCCCAAACUUUUUUGUAACGGAUUUUACAUUUGGGCGGGCUACACCUAUUGCUGGCAAAUAUCGCUUAAUUAUAUUGGAGGCUUUUUUGGUUUUCUUCUAUGCUUAAUCGGAUUAUUCUUGACUUUGGGAGGAAUACUAUCAUACUAUAGGAUUGUUUCUUUGGGUGCCGGCGUAGCUGUGGACUACCCUGAACUUCGGAUCAAGUAUGUCAGCGAUGACCAUGAGGACGAUUUGGCGAUUGGCGAUCUAAAUGAUGAAUCCCUCAUUCAAUUCAUAAAAUCAGGAAUCAUCAACCCUCCUCCCCAGUACUAUUCCACACAUACUUUCACAAUCAAAUCGUCGGGGAUUAUUAGAUACUGCAAUAAGUGCAAGGUCUGGAAACCGGACCGUUGCCAUCAUUGUUCUACGUGUAAACAGUGUGUGUUGAAAAUGGACCAUCAUUGUCCGUGGUUUGCAACCUGUAUCGGCUACAAAAACCACAAGUUCUUCAUUCAAUUCCUCACGUAUACCACAUUGCUUUCGGCGCUUUGCGGGCUCACAUCAUUGCAAAUCCUUUAUGAUUUUAUUUUCAAGGGAAUCUAUUUGCAUUACCAUUUCAGCAUAAAUUGGAUCUUUCUUUUCAUAUUUGGCGUUUCUUUCUUCUUUGCUGUGGCAAUGUUUGAUGGAUUUUCAAUAUAUCAGAUAGUUACCAAUAGAACCACUUUAGAAUCAUAUGAUUACACUCGUUAUAGGAUUGAUUUGAAUGCCGCCUUUGACAGCUACUAUCAGUACUCAAAUAAGCCAAACUCCGACCAGUAUGGUAAUUUAUUCAGUUUAGGCACUAAACUGGAAAACUGGAAGGCCGUUAUGGGGAAUAGCUGGCUCGAAUGGUGUCUUCCGAUAGUAAAUAACCCAACCACAAAAGAUUAUUAUUUCAAGAACGGGUUGUGCUAUCCAGUUAAUGAGAAUAUUUAUAAUGAAUUGGUUUACAAUGCCAGAUUGCAACUCCAGUUAGCCACUGAGUUGAAUAACUAUAGAAUGAGGAGGAUGAAAGACUCAGCCAGGGAUCCAGGUACCAGAGAUGGUGUAUAA